AUGAUUCUCGAUAGAUCUCCAGCUAAGGCUUCUUCUGCCAAAGACGUUCAACAACUAAUCGCCGAAGCUGUACUCGCUACCGUCUGGAACUCGACUGGGUCAGUGUCGGCUUCUAUGGGAAAUAUGUUUCCCCGUGGGCGAAAGCGGAGAGCUGAGGCUGUGACGGCGGUGGAAGGUGGCAGCGAUGCAUUGCGGCCGAUGCGCGUGAGAGCUGGUGCCGUAGUGGAUUCCACUCGGGGCCUAGAGUACUACGUCAGCGUCGUUCGCGAUGCUCACUAUCGUUCCCUCUCCGCCGUUCUAGACAUGGUCGACCUUACUGGUGGCUCCAACGUCAACCCUCUUGAUGAGCACUCUAAGAAAUUGAAGAAUCGAAUCGAAGUUUGUAUGUUUACCCUUGCCAAUCAGUUUAAUGUCCGCGCACAAGGGGUACGAAUAGCGCCUACCAAGGCGCUUUCGACGGGCUAUAUGUUUGGCAAGGGCGUGUACCUCUCUGAUAUGACGAGCAAAUUUGCUAAUUACUGCUAUACCUCACCCAGUGCCUCCCAGAGUUGCCUUCUCUUCUGUGAAGUGGCUCUCGGUAGACUGCACGACUGUUUCACUGCCGAUGUCUCUCGUCUCUCUAAGCAAAUUGGCAUUCGCAUAGGUCACUGUCCAUUUUCUAAGCUGCUAUUUUGCUCGAAAGGUGUGGACACAACCGCACCGAAUGUGGAGACGCACUUCAAGGAGUCAAAGAUCGGCGUUGCCUAUUUAUCCCAUUGGUCAGCCAGUGACCUCUGCGGAGAUAGAAAGCGACCCUCUGCACAAUGA